CUACUCCGUACUAUCACCGCCGCACCGGAGAUCGCACGCAACCCCGCGCAAAGAGAUUCCGCCCCACGUUACGAAAACUAAGUAAACCCUGUUUACAACUGGGGUCUACGACGUGGUAUUGCUGGGCGUCUCGUCGCGCAAUUCGACAUGCUGGGCUUUCGAAUGUCGGCCUAAACUCCAAUGACGGACAAUCAUCCUUCUCCCGAUUACUCCCGCCCUCAGUUUCCUGCCCAUCAUGAGCCACGGGUUUGGGUGAUCACGGCUGGAGACUCGCCUAUCGGGAUAUCAGUUACUCGCCAGAUUCUCAAGCAUGGUGACUGCGCUCUGGUAGGACGGGCGUACUCAGAGUCAGAUCGAGACGAAUGUCGUCGCGAUGGCUUCGACGCAUUUCUGGCCGAGAUCGAGAGCCACAGCGACGAGGGAUGGGGGCAGCGAUUCAUGGCUGUUCCCCUCGAUAUAAGAAUGGUCGGUGAAUGCCAAGCAGUGGUCGCGCAAGCCGUUGCGACAUUCGGGAGAGUAGACAUUCUCCUUUGCUGCACAAGUCAAGCCCUCAUUGGUACAGUGGAAGAGCUAGCAGCUUCCCAACAGACCUUGAACUUGGUUCGGGAUCAGUUCGAGAUCAACUAUUUCGGCCCCUUGAACAUCAUCAAGGCGACACUUCCCCAUAUGCGUAGACAAAAGUCAGGGCAUAUCAUGAUUCUUUCUGGCAUAACUGCUCACAUCGGCACACCGGGCUUAGGAAUGUACUGCGCUGCAGGCUGGGCUCUUGAGGGCUUUUGCGAUAGUCUCGCAUACGAGAUAGCCCCCUUCAAUGUCAAACUUACCAUUUUCCAGUGCAGCAUUGAAAUCGGAAUCCUGACCAAUCUGGUUACAAGUGUACCUCCAAUCACCCCCGUCUACUCUUCCUCAGUCAACCAUGCGCCGUUGUUCCGCGGGAUCUUGAAUCGUCUCGUCUCUCGCCUGCCUAACCAUGAUGCUCGUAACACGGGUCUAGCAAAUGGCUCGGUCAGCUCCCACCGAAGUAAUCCUUUCGAAGACGGUCCGUUUUCUGCGCCAGAUGUCAUCUCCACGUACCCUCCGCUCAGCUCUGCGCACAUGGAAGUCCUGGUCACCGAGACCGUGUAUGCUAUAACGGCAAUUGGGGGCCAUGAAAACCCACCCUCGCGACAUAUUGUGGGCCAGGAGGGUGUUGCUAGUGUAAAGGAAAAGUUGAAGACGGUCAGCGAAGAACUCGAGGACUUCAUUCAAUCUAGCUUUGCUGUUGACUAUGCGGCCGAUGAUACUAGCCGGAUACCCAAGGAUGACGGCAUGGGCACUGGUCAGGAAGCAACCUGAAGCAAGUUCAUGAAUCAAUUAAUAAAGCAUGGCGACAUGUUGUCAGCCAGCCAGUUUCAUCCGAUUUCUACUAUCCUAGACUAGUCCAAUGACAGGCUGUGUUUAGAUCGAAUUCACCCAGGCUCGGUCGAAACGGUACCUACAUCAAUUAUGUUGAUGUUCCCCUCUUGUUCUCGCGCACAAACCAGGCUUGUCUGACUUCCCACAAGCUCCCUAUGUCCUGGUUGUUUCUGUGAGCUCGGAACUCCUUCCAAGCAUUACCAUUUGGCACCUUCUUGAUCCGCCCAUCUAUUUCUAUGAUUUUCGAGGCCAAUGCAUUGAGUCCCUGGAUGUUGGAGACUAUAAUCUCCUUAG